UUACCAAAAAAAACGGAGAAAAGCCGCGAGAGCUUACACAUUACUUCCUCUCGAGUCCUCACUGCAUAAAUCAAUCCUGGAUCCUGUAUCCUGUAUCCACUCAGUUUGUGCUCCCUUCCCUUCCGGGAUGCCUCGCGUGCUCAUCGCUAACCAGUCCAGCGUCCCUCUCCCCACCGGCCCUUAUCCUCCUCCGGGAGACACCGUACCACUCUCCUUCUUUGAUACUUUCUGGAUCUUCCUCUCCCCCGUGCAACGUCUCUUCCUCUACCCCGACGCUGCUAUCCCCUCCUCCUCUAUCGUCGAUUCCCUCAGGUCCUCCCUCUCCCGAACCCUUCCCCUCUUCCACCCCUUCGCCGGUAAGCUCACCUACUUCCCCGCCUCCGGCGACGCCGUCAUCGACUGCUCCACGGCCGCGACGAACGGCGUCGCCUUCAUCGAGGCGGAGUCGGAUCUCGACAUCCGCCGCCUCGCCGGCGAUGAGAUCCACGAUUUCGAGUCCUUCCUCCAGCUCGUGCCGGAUCUCCGGGCCCACGAGUUGCCAGCUCCCGUGCUGGCCGUCCAGGUGACGGCGUUUGCCGGCGGAGGGGUCGCGGUGGGUCUCACUGCCCUCCACGUGGUGAUGGAUGGGAAGGGGUUGUGGCAGUUUGUGGAGGCGUGGGCGGCGGCGUGCCGGUUGGGCAGCGCGCCGCUGGUUCCCGUGCCGUCACACGACCGGGUGGGAAUCAAACAUGCUGGUGCCCCGGAGAUCGCCAGGCAAUUCUUGAGGCAGCUGGCGCCGGCUCUACCCAAAAUGGCAGCGAUGGUACCGCGCGGCUCUUCCAUCGGAGCCCGGCUCCAUCUCACACGAAUAACCUUCACGCUUGACCACGCCACCAUCCAAUCCUUAAAGCAGCAGGCCGUCCAUCAGAGCAUGGCGAUCAGCCCCAAACCCUUCAACGUUCGCGGCGAUCGCCGCCCAUGCCUGGCUCUGCUUCUCCCGCGCCAAAGUCGUCGCGGCCGACGAGGUCGUCGUCCUCGGCUUCCUGGCGGACUGCCGCGCUCGCAUCGAUCCGCCUCUCGACGAGGCCUACACGGGGAACUGCAUCCGCCCGUGCUUCGCCAAGGCCAUGGGGUCGGAGCUCGCGGGGCCCGGCGGCCUAGCGAACGCCUGCGCGGCGAUCGGGCAGGCCAUCAAGGCGGGCGUGGAGGAGCCGCUGAGGGGUUGCGAGGGCUGGGUGGACUACGUACGCGAUUUGCCGCCGGGGAGGAUAAUGUACUCGUCCUCAUCGCCGAGGUUCAAAUACUACGAGACAGACUUCGGGUGGGGGAGGCCGGAGCGGGUGGAGCUGGUGUCGAUGAACCAUGAUGGCGAGGUGGUGCUGGUGGCCGGGAAAGAGCAGGGGUCGGUGCAGGCGACGAUGGGGCUCGCAGCGCACCAGAUGGAGGUGUUUGCAAAAGGAUUUGUGGGUGGUUUGGAGGGUUGGAGGGAGGAGAAUAGUGAGUAGGGAAGGGUUCGCUGACGGGCAUUUUGUAAAUGUUUCAAGGAAAUCCUUUUUAAGCGUCUGUAUGGCUGGGUGUUGUACCAUUGUGUAAUUUCUUUUGUUGAAGGGUCCUUGAGAAACCGUUGAUGAGCAUGGAAAUUAAAUAAAUGUUGAGGAACUUAGCCUCAAGCCCUUUGUUUAUC